GACCCCGGCGGGACACUUGGCUGCUGUUCUGGAGAGACUGGCUCUGCCUUCAGAGAUUUCUACAUUUUUCCAAGGGAGACCGGCAAAAUAUGAAGAAGUCCUGUGAAUCCUUAUCAUUUGCGGAUGUGACUGUGGGCUUUACCCAGGAGGAGUGGCAGCAUCUGGACCCUGCUCAGAGGACCCUGUACAGGGAGGUGAUGCUGGAGAACUAUAGCCACCUUGUCUCAGUGGGGUGUUGCAUCCCUAAACCAGAAGUUAUCCUGAAGUUGGAGCAAGGAGAGCAGCCAUGGAUGCUAGAGGAAGAGUCCCCAGGUCAGAGCUACCCAGAAGUCUGCAAAGUUGAUAGCCAAGCAGAAGAGACUCAAGAAACCCAGUACAGACGUUUCUGGCAAGCUCCAUUUAUCAACAACAAAACACUGACUGUGCACAGAGGUAAUAUAUUAGGAAGCAUUUUUAAUUUCAGCACAGACACAGUUCCUUCCAUAAAAAUACCGUGUAGGUGUGACUCAUGUGGUAUGAAUUUGAAAUGUAUUUCAGAAUUAAUUAUUAAUAAGAAAAACUAUUUAAGUAAGAAGGCUGUUGGCCUCCAUACAUACGGGAAAUUGUUCCUUCAUAUUAACCGUGAACAAACUCAAAUGGGAAAGAAACCUUGUGAAUUCAUUCAAAAUGGAAAAUACCUCAGUCAUAAUGAAGAUUUAAUCCCAUAUCAGAGAACUAAAAAUAUAGAGCAAUCCUUUAUUCAAAGCAAUAAGGAAUACAAGGAAUGUGGGAAAGCUUUCCAUGAGACGGCAGUUGUCAUCCCAUAUAACCAAGCUUACAUAGGACAGAGUCCUUGUGAACAUAAUGAAUCUGAUAAAACAUUCUGUAGUAAUUCAACCCUCAUGGUCAGUAAGAUGGCACAAAGAACAGAAAAUCUUUAUGAGUUUCAAGAAUAUGUUAAAACUUUUGAGAAAUCAUCUCUCUUGGAACACAGAGUUCAUUUAGAGAUGAAAGGUUAUGAGUAUAUCGAAAGAGUGGAUAAUUUCAAUGGGAGAUCAGACUCUCUUGGCACAGGAGAGAGAAUAUUUGAAUAUAACAACUUGGGAGAACCCUUUUGGGAGAAGUCAGUUCUUAAUAUAACUCAGAGAACACACAUAGGAGACAAAGUCUAUGAAUGUAAUGAAUGUGGAAAAACAUUCUGCAAAAAGUCAAAACUCACCAAACAUCAGAAAAUACAUACAAAAGAGAAACCCUAUGAAUGUAAGGAAUGUGGGAAAUGCUUCUCUCGUAAAUCUUUCCUCACUUUACAUCAGCGAGUCCACACAGGAGAGAAACCUUAUGAAUGUAAGGAGUGUGGGAAAUGCUUCUCUAGAAGUUCAUACCUCAUAAUUCAUCAGAGAACUCACACAGGAGAGAAACCCUAUGAAUGUGAGGAAUGUAGAAAAAGCUUCUACCAUAAGUCAUAUCUCACAGUAUACCAGAGAAUUCACACAGGGGAGAAGCCAUAUGAAUGUAAUCAAUGUGGAAAAACCUUCGUAAGUAACUCAGUUCUCACAAUACAUCAGAAAACACACACAGGCGAGAAACCCUAUGAGUGUAAUCAGUGUGGGAAAUUCUUCUCUAGAAACUCCUACCUUAGAGUACCUCUGAGAACUCACACAGGGGAGAAGCCCUCUGAAUGUGAGAUAUGCGGGAAAGCCUUUUGUCACAAGUCAGAUGUCACUAAACAUAAGAGAACUCACACGAAGGAGAAGCCAUAUGACUGUAGAGAGUGUGGGAAAUCCUUCUCUGAGAAAUCAGUCCUCACAGUACCUCAGAGGAUACACACAGGGGAAAAACCUUAUAAGUGUAAUAAAUGUGGAAAAACCUUCUACAAUAAAUCAGACCUCACUAAACACCACAGAACUCACACAGGUGAGAAACCCUAUGAAUGUAAAGAAUGUGGGAAGUUCUUCUCUAGGAAUUCAUACCUGACAGUACACCAGAGAACUCACACAGGAGAGAAACCCUAUGUAUGUAAAAAAUGUGGGAAGACCUUUUGCCAUAAAUCAGACUUUACAAUACAUAAACGAACAUACAGAGGGGAGAAAUCAUACCACUGUACUCAGUGUGGGAAAACCUUCACUUGCAGCUCAGUCCUCAGAUCACAUCAGAGAACUCAAGGUGAGAAGCCCUAUGGAUGUAAUCAGUGUGGGAAGUCAUUUUCUGAGAAAUCAGUUCUCACAGUACAUCAGAGAAUACACACAGGGGAGAAACCUUAUAAGUGUAAUGCAUGUGGGAAGUCCUUCUAUCAUAUGUCAGAUCUCACUAAGCAUCAGAGAACACAUACAGGAGAGAAACCCUAUGAAUGUAAUCAUUGUGGGAAAACCUUCAGUUGCAACUCAGGCCUCAAAGUACAUCAGAGAAGACACAUAAGAGAGAAACCCUAUGAAUGUAUUGAGAGUGAGAAAACCUCCAAGCAAUCAGUUAUCACAGUACAUCCAAGGUUAUACACAGGGGAAGAAAAUUUAUAAAUACAGCAGUGAGAGAAAUCUUUCUCUUGUGAUUCAUACCUCAAAAUACCACAGAAAAUUCACAAAGGACAUGACCCCUAUGAAUGUAAAGAAUGGCAAAUUUUUACCCUAAGUCAUCUUCCAAAGUAAAUAAGAGAAUACUCGUAAUGGAAAAAUACUCUGAAUUUGUUGAAUGUCUGAAAACCUGUUGAAAUAAGACAACUAAAAAUGACUGUAGAAGAAACCCUAUUAAUGCAUG